AGCAAAAGAACCAAGCAAGCUGUCAGAAACUGGAGGACUUUUAACAACCCCAUAGAAAAUAACAACAACUUCAAACAACGAGGGUAUAAACAGGAGGAGAGUGUGGUGCCAUAAUGGCGGGAGCAGAGGUGGAUCCCCCUGCUAACCCGGCCUGCAAAAUCAUGACCUUCCGGCCCACCAUGGAGGAGUUCAAAGACUUCAACCAGUACCUGGCAUACAUGGAGUCCCAGGGAGCUCACCGUGCAGGCCUGGCUAAGGUUAUUCCUCCUAAGGGCUGGCGGCCGAGGCGCAGCUACGAUGACAUCGAUGACCUGGUCAUCCAGGCUCCCAUACAGCAGAUGGUGGCGGGGCAGUCAGGCCUCUUCACCCAGUACAACAUCCAGAGGAAGCCUCUUAGUGUUCAGGAGUUCCGCCGGCUGGCCAAUAGCGACACGUACUGUACCCCCCGUUAUCUCAAUUAUGAAGACCUGGAGAGGAAGUACUGGAAGAACCUGACCUUCGUAUCCCCCAUCUAUGGAGCAGAUGUAAAUGGCAGCUUGUAUGAUGAGGACAUAGAGGAAUGGAACAUUGGCCAUUUGAACUCCAUCUUGGACAUCAUUGAAGAGGACUGCGGCGUCUCAAUUCAGGGAGUCAACACCCCGUACCUUUAUUUUGGAAUGUGGAAGACAAGCUUCUCCUGGCACACGGAAGACAUGGAUCUGUACAGCAUCAAUUACUUGCACUUUGGGGAGCCCAAGUCAUGGUAUGCAAUUCCCCCAGAACACGGGAAGAGACUGGAGCGUCUGGCCAUUGGUUUCUUCCCAAACAGCUUCAAGAGCUGCGAAGCCUUCCUCCGGCACAAGAUGACCAUCAUCUCUCCCUCCAUACUGAAGAAGUACAGCAUCCCCUUCGAUAAGAUCACCCAGGAGGCGGGCGAGUUCAUGAUCACCUUUCCCUAUGGCUACCACGCUGGAUUCAACCAUGGCUUCAACUGUGCAGAAUCCACGAACUUUGCUAGCGUGAGGUGGAUUGAUUACGGGAAAGUGGCCACACAAUGCAACUGCAGCAAAGACAUGGUGAAGAUCUCCAUGGACCCCUUCGUAAAGACGUUCCAGCCGGACCGGUACCAGGUGUGGAAGCAGGGCAAGGACGCGUGCACCAUUGACCACACCCGGCCCACCCCGAGCUCCACCCCCGAGCUGCAGAGCUGGCUUCAGCGCCGCAAAAGGGCCCGGCCCUCCAGCCAGAGCAGCCUCCAUCACCCGCGAUCGCGAUCUAAGAAGCUGAAAACAGGGGAGCAGCAGCAGGAGGAGGAGGAGGAGGAGGAGGAGAGGGCGGCGGGCGAGCCCGCGGCCACCGAGACAGCAGCUGCCGCCGCCGCCGCCGCCGCCGCCGCCGCGCUGGGCCCCAAGGUCAAGAAAGAGCCGGGGAGGACAGGCAGGAGAGGCGAGCUGUCGGCGAGAGCUCGCGAAGGCGCGGGCCAAAUCCGCCAGUCUCGCCAGCCAUUGGACGCACUCCAGUUCUCAGGGAAUAGCCAGAUAGAGGCAAGCAGGAAGAUGUGCGCCGUGAGUACGAUGGAGACAGGCAGCGCGGCGGGGUCGGCUGACCCUGGUGAGCGGCUCCCUGCGCAAGAUCGCAACCUCCUCCUUCCUGAAGCGGCGAAGCAGGAGGAGGGGGACGAGCUGCCGGCUCCUCUCGCAGGUGCAGAUCACCAGCGCAGGUCCCCGGACCGUGCUGGAGGUCCGGUGACCGCAGCUCCAGGAGAACCGGAGUCCAUGUCCACUGAUGAAGCCCUUCUGGAUGGAGAGCUUAACGUUUACACCAUUUCCCAAAACGCCAAGCCACCCUGCUCAGCAGGGGACGGUCAAAGCACAAAGUCACACAGUGACGUAGCUGUCGUUGCGUCCCUCCUGCCGUUGGCAGAGGGCAUUGCUCAGGUGCCUGAAUUUGGUGAUAGCAGUCACAUGCAUGGGUCUGUCGGGUGUAGCCCAAACCGAACGGACAGUGUAGGAGAACAGCUUUACUCUUUGGGAGUCAGAGUUAGCUCUUCACAGGUGGCUCUUAACGGUGAGCGGUGUUGCAGUCCUCUGCUGGACGGAUGUGAUGGCAUUCCUCAGGACCUCUCGCUUUCCGCCGGAUCACCGGAACACUCCUGCCCUCCCCUUCUGCACAGGUAUGGGCCUGGUCUGUGCCCCGCAGCCCCGAAUCUAGACCCGCAGGUGACCAGACAGGUGGGGGGGCGCGAGAUGCCCUCUCUGACUCCGGAGCUCAUAGACGAGGACCGGUCUCUCCCUCCCGUGCUCUCCCAGGAGAUGCCCUCUCUCACGCUGGCGGUUGGCGUGGAGGGCGUGCCCUGCUGUCCCGGGGUCAGCCCUGAGGAGGACCCCUCGGCGCCCAUCCUCCACAGGGAGGCGUCCUUCUCCCCAGCGGAGACAGAGUCCGAAGCUGCUGUACCUCAUGGUGCUACCCACGAUCUGCCUUCCGAAGAAAGUGGUGCUGUGCCUUCCCUGUUCCCUGACGAUGUUCAAACCACACUACCUGUCUUGUGUCCCCAAGCAAACCUUCAGCCGACACCUCCUACUACUCUGAUUCCUACUGCAACUCAGCGUCAGCCUCUUAAUGCUUUAAAUCCUGCACCUUUGCCACACAGUUUUGACCCACAGCAUCCAUGCAAAGAAAGCACCUUAAAUGCAGCAACAUGCACAGCUGCAGGCACACUGAGUCCAGCACUACAGGAAAGCACACAAUUCCUCACUGCCCCUCUCAGUGUCUUGUCCAGCACUCCAAAUGAUAAUGAUAAGGUCAAGCCUUUGGAAGAGGGGGUAAAUACUAAAAAUGUCUCUCAGCCUGCAACAGAAGGGGAUUCUCAUUCCCAGCCAGUCACUGCUGUAGCUGUAGAAGGUGGACACAUGGCGAUGUGUGGUGAAAAUGAGAGAGUCCUCGGUUCAGAGAGCCUCGGUGUGGACAUCAAGCCCCUCACCUCAGGGAUCUGGGACCACCUGAAUUCGCAAAGCCCUGCUGUUGUAAUUGAGAAUGUAAAUCCAGAAAUGCCUGUAGUACUAACCGAAGACAAGUCUGUAAGUUACUACAGCCUUAACUCACCCACCAACACAAUGUGGACGGGCGUGGAGACCCUGAACGAUGUGAAGUCACGUGACCCAGGUGCAUCAGAGGAAGCGCAUACGUGGGCUGAGCUGGGGCCCAGUGUGACUGGGGACGUGUGCGGUGAUCCGGACCGGCACAGGAUCGAGAUGGAGGCUGCAGAGGCCCUGACUCUCUGCAGGGAGCUGACUUCCCGUGGCCUCGGGGCCCGGGAGUCAGAGGUGCCCCAGGGCCGAAAGAGGACCUGCUCUCCUCAGGACGGGGAGUCGCACGCUGAGCUUAGCAUGGCCAGGCUGGAGGAGACCAGCAGCUUGUCCACAGAGCCGAAAGACCUUAGUGACCUGGAGUGUGGAGAAGCUGACCUGGAGCCAGGGGAGAUAUGCACUCGUCCCAAUCAGAUGGAAAACCAUGUGGGCAAGAAGAAGACCACCAAGAGCUGGCGUCACCCGCUGAGGAAGCCCACCGCCAGGGCCGUGCCCAGCGCGGUCAAACAGCAGGCUGCCAGCGAUGAGGAACUCCCAGAUGUUUCCUUGACAGAGGAGGAGGUGCAGGAGGCGGAACCGUGGGCCAAACCUCUCGUUCACCUCUGGCACAACAAGAAGUCCAACUUCCUAGCAGAGAGGGAGUACAACGCUGCCGCUGCCAGGAGCAGGCCCCUCUGUGCGGUCUGCACCCUCUUCAUGCCUUACUAUCAGCCUGAGGACAAGGCUGAGGAGAGCAGAGUGCUGCUGGAGCCGGCCCCGGGGUCAGCGGAGGCGCUGAGCAAACUCAAGUCCAAGCCCCUGAUCCCAGAGAUCUGCUUCACCUACAGGGAGGGGAGCACUGAGUCCUGCCCCCCCAACGCGCUGCUGGAGGAGGACGGCUCCAGCCCCCUCAUCUCCUGCAAGGGCUGCUGUGUGCAGGUGCAUGCAAGUUGUUACGGUGUCUCUGUACAGGAUGUCCAUGGCAACUGGUCAUGCGACCGCUGUGUGAGCGGUGACCUGACAUCUGAGUGCUGUCUGUGCAACCUGAGGGGCGGAGCGCUGAAGCGAACCACUGACAACAAAUGGGCCCACGUUAUGUGUGCCGUGGCUCUCCCAGAGGUGAGGUUCAGCAACGUAACAGAGCGGAACCCCAUUGACAUCAGCAGAGUGCCUCUGCAGAGGCACAAACUGAAAUGUUUCUACUGUCACAAAAGAAUGAAGAAGGUUUCGGGGGCGUGUAUCCAGUGCUCGUGCGGCCGCUGCACAACCUCCUUCCAUGUGACAUGUGCACACGCCGCUGGUGUGUCCAUGGAGCCAGAUGACUGGCCGUAUGUUGUGUUCAUCACGUGUCACCGGCACCAGCAGCGGAGCUCGAAUGCUAAGAGCCUAACUUGCAAGAAGGACAUUGAGGUGGGGCAGACCGUCAUCGCAAAGCACAAGAACCUAAGAUACUACAGUUCUCGGGUCACAGAGGUCACGGCCCAGACCUUCUACGAGGUUAUGUUCGAUGACGGCUCCUUCAGCAAUGACACUUUUCCAGAGGACAUAGUGAGUCGAGACUGUGUCCAGCUGGGCCCUCCAGAGGUGGGGGAAGCCGUGCAGGUCAAGUGGCCGGAUGGCCUCUUUUACGGAGCCAAGUACCUGGGAUCCAACACCUCUUACAUGUAUCAGGUGGAAUUUGAAGAUGGUUCCCAGCUCUUGGCAAAGCGAGAAGACGUGUACACUCUCGAAGAAGACCUUCCCAAAAAAGUGAAAGGACGUCUUUCCACCGCCUCCAGCAUGAGGUUCCAGGACGCCUUCCGCACGCCUAUGAUGGAGGGGGAGAAGAAGAGGCAGAGGACUCCCAACUCUCGCUUCCAGCACGACUACGUGGCCGACCUGAACUGCCGCGCCACCUCAAAGAGCACAUACGAACAAAGGAGCAUGAAAGGGAAGUAGAGACACUCCAAAAAAAAAAAGGAGAAGAGAGAAUGCACUACAUGUUGGAAAUGGAAAGCAGAGGCAUUUCAGGCAGACACUAUACUAUACUGUGACUUUCUGAGGUUUGGUGAUGUGUUGCAUACUCGAUUGAUGGAUGCUCACUGCUUUCAUGUUUGUCAGGGAAGAAAAAAGCAUCUAUAUUUGUUUCAUUAUCUUUUUUAAGUAAUUGAUUGGCACAAAAAUAUGUUUUGUACAAUUGAAAUAUUCUAGGAUUUUUUUUUUUUUUGUCAGAGAUGUCUAGAUUUUGACCUGUUCUUAGUGCUCGUUUUGAAUGUUCAUUUACUUCUGGUAAGGUCACAGGUUCCCUUUCAUCACAUGAUAAAACGGUUCAUUUUAUUCACCCCUGCAUGUUCAGCAUUAUCCACAAGUGUUUUUGUCUGCUCUCUCAGUGAGGUAAUGAAUCGAUUAAUAUGUGAAAUUGAAAGCAGUUGCAACUUUUACUGUACUGGAUGAAUUGGAUCAGAUUUAUAUAUUGAAUUUAAAUCUUUUCUAAUAAUUUAUUUGGGCUUCCUUUUUAAAUAUAAUGUUGACUAA